UAUAAGUAAAGACAAUUGUUUAGGAGAAACACAGUUUAGGAGAAACACACAGAAAACGAGAAAGAACGAGAAGAUUCGAUUUAGAAAAAGUAAUAAGAAUGUUGCUGGUGACGGUAUUGGCCGAGAUGUUGAAGGACUACACGGUGGUACUCGCCGGAGCUUUGGAGUAUCUCUUCUCUCAGGCGCCUUUUCCGAGGAGAAUUCGACUUCAUAUUUUAUAUUCUCUUCCUUUCCAUCGCUCCAGUUCCUCUCACCCUCUUCUCCUUCCUUCUCCUCCUCUUCCUUACACUCCUACUUUGUAACCCGGAAUCUUGAUGUGUGCUUUCUUUCUUUGACUUUAUGAUUUUUCUUUGAGUUGAGUUGUGUAAUGCAGAGCCUUCGUUGUAAAUAAGAUCUUUCCAAUUAAUGCAUCCUUUUGUUGAAACACACACAAAAGAAACAAGUUACAGAGC